UGAGAGAAAGAAAAUCGCUUAACAAAUUCAUAUUUCAUUCAAAACAACUUUUCUUCUUCAGCUUUCUUUUCACAGUUCACAUCAACCAACUUCAUCUCAAUGGAUUCUCUUCCUUCGGUAUCUCCCUCCAUGGUUCUACCUCCGAGCAAUCCCUUCCGUCGCCAUACCCGCCGCCUUUCUCUCUUUUCUACCCAUCUUCCUCCGAGACUCUUCUCUACACCUCGCGGCCGAACGAGGAGAACGAAGGAGGUGUCCUGCAAAUUAAGCGGCGGAGUAGACGACGGUGGAGAUGAGGAGGUAGAGCGGGCGCUCCAUAUGGACGGAAAAAUUCCUGGAAGCUCCGACGAGUUCCUGAAACGCGUUUCCUCCCGCGCUUAUGAUAUGCGCAGGAACCUCCAUCAGUCUUUGGAUUCUAGCAGCUAUGACGUUUUAGACGACAACCCUUGGAGAGAAACUUCAAAGCCUGUGUAUGUACUCACCCAAAAGGAAAACCAAUUGUGCACGAUGAAAACCCGGAGAAAUAUUAGCGAAGUUGAAAGAGAGCUUGGCUUAUUGUUUUCUAAAGGAAGCAAACGGAGAGCCGCAAUAGAAAAUCAGUCAAAACAAGAAAGGGGUGGGACAAAAUUUCCAAUGCAGGUAGAAGAUAUUAGAGAGGGAGUGCUGGUAUUUGAAGAUGAAAAUGAGGCCGCAAAGUAUUGUGACUUGCUGCAAGGAGGUGGUCAAGGUUGCGAGGGUGUUGCUGAGAUAGACGCCUCAUCGAUAUUUGAUCUUUGCAAGAAAAUGAGGGCUCUUGCAGUUCUAUUCCGCAGAGGGAGGACACCUCCUGUACCCGAAAACCUCAAGCUCAAUCUGCGAGCGCGAAAUCGGUCACUCGAAGACCAAGAUGAUUUGAUAUGAAAUUCAACUCCCUUGUGAUGGGAAAAAGUGACCGUAUGGUAAAUAAUUGUAGCACCCUAAACAGCCAAAAUGAACAAAAAUGUGUAUAACAUAUUCAUUCAUCAGUAUAUAAAAAGAAUAUAGCAUGUAUAUUGUUACUCAAA